GUAGCGAAAGGGCGAAAAACGUAUUUGGCGAAAAGAUAAAUAGAUAAAUCACAGAGAUAAAUGGAUAAAUCAUAUGUGUUUUGUGGAUAAAUCCCAAGAUAAAAGAUAAAUCCUAAUCACAUCCUAAUAAUGUACUUCAUGUAUCUAUUCUCUGGAUAAAUAUGGGAUAAAUCUAAAAAGCUGUCCUAAAAAGGUUAUUAGUGUUUGAUAGUGUGGUCAAUCUUUUAUUAAUAAUUAUUCUAUUAAUCCUUGUAAUUAUUACUGUGUUAUUUGAUUAUUGUGUGACUUGAUGGGCUUGUAUAUGAUUACUCCUAUUUAUUAUUAGUAAAUAUGGACGAUAUAGAUGAAGCCAUGGACUUAAAACCAGGAGGCGAUGAUAUGGAUCUAUAUCCUAUAGACAAAACAGAUUUGAUAGAUAUCAGUUCAUUAAAAGCGGAACAAAAUUUAGAUAUUGUAGAUUCAACUAUAGAUAAUUUUUCUGCAGAGUCAAGCUCAACAGAUACUGUUAAUACUGAAUCAGUAAGUUUGAAUAAUGUUAAACAAGAAAAUAGUACUUCAGAAGAAUUACAUAAAAAAAUAUCUACAAAUGUAUCAUCAUACUUAUCAGAUAUUAAUCUAAAACUUAAAUCUAAUGCAAAAAAAGCAUCUAACAAAAAAUCAAUAAGUAUAGUAGACAUCACAGAAGAAAACGAUAAUAGUGAUGAAAGUUUAAAUCCGAUAGAACAGAUUGUAAAGUUGUAA